GUUGGUUGCUAUGCUGCCAGCGCUGCCUGCGUGAGGCGGGAGGGCGGCGGUGAGGGGCGGAGGUUGCUGGUUCUCCCGCCUCCUUCCCGCGACGCUCGCUCGCUCACCGGCAGGGCGGGCGCCUCCGCAGAGCCCCGCAGCCUUUCCCCUCCCCCGUCCCCUCUCCGUCCCGGUCGGGGCUGCCGGUGUGUGUGUGUGAGGCGGCGCUGUGCCCCGUGCGGGGGAGCAGCCGCCGCGCUGCCCUGCGCUGCCCGCGCCCCAGCUGCCGCCUCGCCGCCCCCUCCGGCCGGUGGCUGUGAGGAGCGGGGGGAAGGAGAGGCCGGAGGGGGGGAUCCGCCGCCUUUCCUCCACCCCCCCGCGGCUUCCCCGUCCCUUCCACCCCCCAGCUCUACCCCCUCCCGGUCCCUCGGCCCAGCCGCUGCAGUACGAUGUGGUCCUCGCCGCCGCCGCGGCUAGGAGCGGGGCGGCUGCCGCGGCUGCUGUCGCUGCUCCCGGGGCUGCGGCUCGGCCGGUCGCUGCGGGGGAACUGAAGGCAGCGAGCGGCGCGCCCGCUCCCGCCCGCGGCGGGGUGGGGGUGCGGUGCGGCGCGGUGCGGUGCUGCGCGGCGCGCGUGCCCGAGCGCUUGCGGCGCGUGCCCGUGCGCGCGGCCGGGGGGUCGCGGGGCGGCAGCGGCGAGCGCAGCCCCCGCGCCUCUUCCCUCCGCCGUCCCCGCUCCAUCUGGAAGGACGUGGCUGUUAUAUGAAGACCGUGUGUGGACAGUAAUGACCGCACGUUUCCGAUUGCCUGCUGGCAGAACCUACAAUGUACGAGCAUCUGAGCUGGCACGAGACAGGCAGCAUACGGAGGUGGUCUGCAACGUUCUUCUCCUGGAUAACACUGUACAAGCUUUCAGAGUUAAUAAACAUGAUCAGGGACAAGUUCUGUUGGAUGUAGUCUUCAAGCACCUCGAUUUGACAGAGAGGGAUUACUUUGGUUUACAGUUGGCUGAUGAAUCUACUGAUAACCCUAGGUGGUUGGAUCCAAACAAACCUAUCAGGAAACAAUUAAAAAGAGGAUCGCCUCACAGCUUGAACUUCAGAGUUAAGUUUUUUGUAAGUGACCCAAACAAGCUCCAAGAAGAAUAUACAAGGUACCAGUAUUUUUUGCAAAUUAAACAGGACAUUCUUACUGGAAGAUUGCCCUGUCCUUAUAAUACCGCUGCUCUUCUGGCUUCCUACGCUGUUCAGUCCGAGCUGGGAGACUACAACCAUUCAGAAAACUUGCCAGGCUACCUCUCAGACUAUUCUUUCAUCCCUAGCCAGCCUCAAGACUUUGAAAAAGAAAUAGCAAAAUUACAUCAGCAGCACAUAGGGUUGUCUCCUGCAGAAGCAGAGUUCAGUUAUCUCAAUACAGCACGUACUUUAGAACUUUAUGGAGUUGAAUUGCACUAUGCAAGGGAUCAGAGUAACAAUGAAAUAACGAUUGGAGUGAUGUCGGGUGGAAUACUAAUUUUUAAGAACAGAGUACGAAUUAACACCUUUCAGUGGUUGAAGAUUGUAAAAAUUUCUUUUAAGUGCAAACAGUUUUUUAUUCAACUUAGAAAAGAAUUGCAUGAAUCUAGAGAAACGUUACUGGGAUUCAAUAUGGUGAAUUACCGAGCGUGUAAGAAUUUGUGGAAAGCUUGUGUUGAACAUCACACGUUCUUCCGUUUGGACAGACCGCUCCCCCCUCAGAAGAACUUCUUUGCACAUUAUUUCACUUUGGGUUCCAAAUUCCGGUACUGUGGGAGAACAGAGGUCCAGUCUGUGCAGUAUGGUAAAGAAAGAGCAAACAAAGACAGGGUGUUUGCAAGAUCCCCCAGUAAACCCUUGGCACGGAAAUUAAUGAGUGGGAUGGACUGGGAAGUAGUGAGUAGGAACUCACUGUCUGAUGAUAGGUUGGAAACACAGAGCCUACCAUCACGGUCUCCACCUGGAACCCCAAAUCAUCGCAACUCUGCCUUCACUCAAGAAGGAGCCCGAUUACGACCCUCAUCAGUUGGACAUUUAGUGGACCAUGUAGUUCACACUUCCCCAAGUGAAGUAUUUGUAAAUCACAGAUCUCCAUCUUCCACCCAGGCUAAUAGCAUCAUACUGGAAUCAUCACCAUCUCAAGAGACUCCUGUAGAUGGGCAGCCUCCUGCGUUACCACCCAAACAAUUUAAAAAGAACAGUUGGAACCAAAUUUAUCAUUCACACUCACAGCAAGAACUGGAUAACCAUAUUAAUGAAACAUUUGAUGUUCCUUCAUCACCUGAAAAGUCCACGCCCAAUGGUGGUGUCCCCCAUGACAAUCUUGUUAUGAUCAGAAUGAAACCAGAUGAAAAUGGAAGGUUUGGCUUCAAUGUAAAGGGUGGAUAUGAUCAGAAGAUGCCAGUAAUAGUGUCCAGGGUAGCUCCAGGAACACCUGCUGAUCUCUGUGUCCCUCGUUUGAAUGAAGGGGACCAGGUUGUACUGAUUAAUGGCAGGGAUAUAGCAGAACAUACCCAUGAUCAAGUUGUUAUGUUUAUUAAAGCGAGCUGUGAGAGACACUCAGGGGAACUUGUGCUCCUAGUUCGACCCAAUGCUGUCUAUGAUGUUGUGGAAGAGAAGCUGGAGAGCGAGCCUGACUUCCAGUACAUCCCUGAAAAAUCUCCAAUUGAUGGUGUCCAUCAAGAUGAUAAUGCUCUGAGGGAAUCCAUGAUUCAGCUAGCAGAGGGGCUUAUCACUGGAACCGUUUUGGCUCAGUUUGAUCAAUUGUAUAGGAAAAAACCUGGAAUGACAAUGUCUUGUGCCAGAUUACCUCAAAACAUUUCCAAAAAUAGAUACAGAGACAUUUCGCCUUAUGAUGCUACACGGGUUAUUUUAAAAAGUAAUGAAGACUACAUCAAUGCAAAUUAUAUAAAUAUGGAAAUCCCUUCUUCCACAAUAAUAAACCAGUACAUUGCUUGUCAAGGUCCAUUACCAAACACUUGUCCUGAUUUUUGGCAGAUGACUUGGGAACAAGGCUCAUCUAUGGUUGUAAUGUUAACGACUCAAGUCGAACGGGGCAGAGUUAAAUGCCAUCAGUACUGGCCAGAGCCAUCAGGAAGCUCAUCAUAUGGGAAUUUCCAGAUUACCUGCCAUUCAGAAGAAGGAAAUCCUGCUUAUGUCUUUCGAGAAAUGACAUUGACUAAUCUGGAGAAAGACGAAAGCCGCCAACUAACCCAAAUCCAGUAUAUAGCUUGGCCCGAUCAUGGGGUUCCUGAUGAUUCCAGCGAUUUCCUAGAUUUUGUGUGUCUUGUGCGAAAGAAGAGGGCUGGCAAAGAAGAGCCUGUUGUUGUUCAUUGCAGUGCUGGGAUUGGACGAACAGGAGUUCUUAUCACUAUGGAGACAGCUAUGUGUCUCAUUGAGUGCAAUCAGCCUGUUUAUCCGUUAGAUAUUGUAAGAACCAUGAGAGAUCAAAGAGCCAUGAUGAUCCAAACACCUAGUCAAUACAGAUUUGUGUGUGAAGCUAUUUUGAAGGUGUAUGAAGAAGGAUUUAUUAAACCUUUACAAGCAUCACUGCAUAAGUAAAGAGCAAAAAGCCUAGGAUAUCAGUUGAGGAAUCCUGUCCUCUCUAAUGAAUCGGCAGCAUUCUUUGUGCCAUAUUACUGCUUGCAGGAAGUGAUAGUGAAGUACAGCAAAGAAUUGACAAAGGACUUUGAAAACUUCAGCACUGUUGCACUUUACGUUGAAACAAAAUCAGUCUCUGAAACUCUUCUAACUUUCAUCUGUUUGAAGACUUUCUUUUCGUGCUUUGCUCCGAACAAACCAUAAACUGAAAGAACUAAUUGUGUUCAGGGUAAUCUACGAUAUUUCGGUGUAGUGCCAUAUACUGCGCUUCUGGUUGAAUUGCUACAAACAAGGCUUGGAAUUAUUUCACUCCGUUUUACACCCAUGUCUUUUAAAAUGGAAAACAAAUGAAAAAAAAUAAUACACUAAGCCAUGGUCUUUUUCCAGUGCUAGGUUUAUUUACUAUGUACAGACUCUCACUGUUUUGUUUUUUACAACAUUAGCAAUAUUGCCAAUACUAGAUAGAUACACACUGCCGACUGAUGCAGCACACUUUGUCCUACACCCGUACUAGAAACCAGCUGGUUGUUAGAGGAGAGCUGGCGUCUGUGUUAACCCAGCAGUAGCUGCAUAAUGCCCACUUACCAGCAUCUUGUACAAAAUAAUAACAAUAAAACUUAAAAAAAAAUAAACAGCAUUUCUUUGACACAGCUUGUGUGUCAUACACUGGUGUAUUCUGAUUCGUGUGACUUAAGAUUACGUGAUGGGAACUAGUGCAUGCAUUAUGUCUUAACCCCUUAAGUGCCUUGAGACUUACAGCGUACAUCCAGUGAAAGGCACUCAUGAUUCUGUGGGGGUGGUAUUGUCCUGUCAUAUUUAUCUUAAUGGGUUCAGAUUUUAAAAAUGGCCCUUGGUGCUUGGAAUGUGUUACCGCAAGGGGUCAUGGAAAUACCAUUCCCUUUUUCCUUAUACAAGUACCUGCCUGCUACUCUUUGUAGCAAAAGCACCUCUGCCAACUUAAUGAAUGAGCAUUGAAUGCUGCUGUGUUGUAAUUACGUGAAAAAUCUGACACAUUCCUUCAUUCCUUCCAACUGGUAACUUACUAGCAGCUUACUAUGAAAUGCUGGUAGGUCAUUAGAAGCUGAAUCAUUUUUUAUCCUUUUAUUGCAAAUAGCUGUCUUACUUGAUGAGAACAUAGCUCUCUGGUAGCACUGAUAAUUAAGUUGAACUUACAAUCAGAUGUGAUUUAAUUCCAUUAUCUGCUAAUUAAUUACUUUUUAAGCCCUCAGUUGAUUUCAAGCCAUGUUCGUACAGGUCUGCUUUUUUUUUUAAAUUGUUUUAUUGGAGGGGGGAAGGGAGGAGAACACUAUGAAGUUGUCCCAGAACUUUAUUUUAACUCCAUAAUGACCCCAGUCACCUUCUGUUAUGCUUGUGCAAAAUUGUUCAGUUGGUAUGGGUUGCUUCUUAUUUAACUAGGUAGAAGAUUUGUAAGAAAUGUCUGUCUGAUACAGUAUCUGAGCUCAUUCUAAAGAUACAUAAAUGUCCCAGUUUUAAAAUAUUUUUCCAGUAUAGGAGAAACAAGUCAGAAGCAAGGUAUCCAGUGUAAUAUACUGUAAGAAAAAAACCAGUCACUUCGUUGACUGCCCUGUGACAACUUAACUUUUGCCCUCUAUUUAAAAGUUUUAAUUUAUUGUAUUGGUUUCCUGAAAAUGUUUAUCCAGUAAAUUUUGUUGUAAGCUAUAUAGAGCAUAGAAUUAAAAUGGAAAGUUCUACGCUAAAUAAUUUUUAACUAUUGAAGAAUUAUAUUAUAUAGUAUACUUUGUUCUAUGGACAUUUGAAAGAGAUCAGCUAUGAACUAUUAAGUGAAAAGGGAUUCAGGCAAAGUGAAAUCCUGGCUUAUGACUUAGUAAUAAAUGUGAACCACAAUGCCAAAUGGAAGAGAGUUUUAAAUAUUUUUAGAAAAUAAAAUAAUAUUAGAUGGCCUUUGGCCCUGUUACUUGUAUUUCUAGAUUUGAUGCUUAAAUCAAUAUUAUCCCUCAGUGAAAAAUGAAUCUUAAAAGAAUCUGUGGAUCUGAUAAACUGAAAAAGAGUAAUAAGGUAGCUUUAAUCUCAGAUAUAUUUUAAGCCAUCUGUAACAAAAGAAAAUUCUUCUUUAGGAAAGUACAAGCUUUAACUUCCAUGUGAUGAGAUUAUUAGCUGAGCUGCUGGCUAGUUGGAAGGUUGUUUUAAACUCAGCACUUAUUGUCUAAAAAUUGAAAUAAUUGAUCCAUUAUAUUGAAAGAAAUCUUCUUCAUAGUCAAGUUGUAAAUGAAAAUAGCAUUUGCCCUUUUUUCCUGGGGGAAAUCAGAAAUGGAGUUUAUAUCAACCUUAUAUACUGUUGGUAUGUCACAUAUUUAAAUAUUCUUAUGAAAGUUGCCAAAGCAGUUUGAGUUCAAAAGACCCAUUUAUACCACGAUUGAGUGUGGGAUAUUUUAUUGGUCGUCUGUCAUUACUGUCAUGACUACAAAUGCAGGCAAGAAUAAUAGGUCUCUUCAAAACCUUCCCUGGCACUGACUUAAGCUGAUUUGUAGUGUGUUAACUGGUUGCACUGGGAAAAAAAAAAUUGGAACAAAGUAACUACUCUUAAAUCAUUGACCAUGAGUGACUCGGUGGCUUUUUGGCUUCACCAAAAACUGAUUGGUAAAGAGAACAGCAUUGAAGACUUUAUGUACCAUAAAUCACUUGAUCAAAUGUUUCUACCUGUUGUGGUAUAAAUGGCCUUUAAAAUAUUUUUAUAUGGCCAAAAAAAGCAAAACUGCUAAAUAUUUUACUUUGGGUUAUGAAGAUCUGUAUCAUCCUUAAGAGUUUUUUAAAGAAGUUUUGUAUGUUUCAUGCUGUAAAAAACAUGAAUGUAUCUUUCGGACAUAAUGACCUAUAGACCUAUACGUGAUUGGUGUUAUGACUGUUGGAUUUUAUGAAUAAUUAUUUUCAUACCAUUCGACUAGGAAAAAUGUUGGGUGGGUGUGGGAAAGAGUAUGUAACCCUUCCAUGAUACAAAUCCAGUUUUAAAAAAAAAGUUUUCAUUGUAAAUAAGAGCAAUAUUACGACAAUUUUGUGCCAAUGUAUAAUGUUAAGACUUUUGUUUUCCUUUUAGGUUUGGAUUGAAAACUACCACUACCAUCUCUUGCUUAAAGUGGAUUUGAAGGGGUUUUUUAGUAGGAGACAGGGGGCUCUAGCAGGGGCUUUGAGUGUUUUGGGGGCAUUUUUUAUUUUUGCUAAAUAUAAAAUAAGAUGCAGGUAUUGUUUAAUAAACCACCUACAGAUUGUCAGCCAAUCCACUUUGAGAAAUACUGCUCUAGAUAUACCAGAUAACUGAACUGAAAAAUUCAUUUCUCCUGAAUUUUGAAGCAUUUGGUAUUUUAAAUAACCUGCAAGUCUUAAGCAGUAAAAUACUACUUUUAUGCAUUUUAUUUUUAUAUAUUUUCUCCUAGUUACAAAAAAGAGAAAGCCUUUGUUUCCCACUACAUUUAAUGCUAGCUGAUGUUUCUUCCACAUUUCUCCAUUAAAUCUUGAAAGCUUAUGUCCCACAGAGAUAAAGCAGUAACACUUCUAGAAUACAGGUUACAGUGUGGCACACUGUGUAUUAAGACAAAGGGUGAGAAAGCAGUUGGGAGAUUAAGGAACACGAGGUGUUUGUUAUGGAACCUGUGUAGCUGGCAACUUUCUGUGGAGACCCUCCAAAAAGCUUCGUGGUACCCAUGGAAGGGCCAAAAUGCAGCGAACGUGCUGCAAUUGCACUGCCCAGGGAGACGGGAAGUAGGGAUGGUCUGGCAUAUACAGAUGCUGGAGCUCCAGGUAUGCUGUGGAGCUGAAUUACGUGAUACUUUUAUGCUUCUGCAGUGUGUGUGCAGGUGUGUGGGCGAUGUUCGGCUCAGGGAAUUAGCAUGAGCAUGAAAAACUCUGCAGAUCCACCAGUUUCUAAGUGAAAGCAUGUUGUCCAAUAUGUCUGCUGUAGUUUCGACUAUCGAGCCACUAUGCAGCAAUCUUCAAGACCCUCAGCCCUGAGGACAGAGGAGGGGAUUGGGUUAUGGUCCAAAUUAAAAUUUUGCAUGUUUGGACUUCCACAAAGUACUGGAACGGUGCCUUCUAAUGUCACUUGUAGUCUUUUUGUAGCUCACAUCUCAGGUCCCCAGUUGGCUGGGUGUAUUUGCUAAUUUAAGUACCCACCUUUUGUCUUGAGACUGGAGAAGUUGUUUUCCUUUGCUGCUUUUAGUGCUAGGAUCCAUUAGCGAAAUCUGGCAAAAACAUACUCAUUGAUUAGACAUAGAUCUUGUGUGAGAUAGCAGGGAUUACAAUUAGAGGUGGUUGGAAAGCUGUUACAAGGGGAAGAUGGUUGGGUUUUUUUCAAUGUAACUGUUCUGUCCAGUCUCUGUUAUCCCACUGCAGUUACAAAUUGAACUGGGUUGUUGGGGUUUGGGUUUUCUUUGUUUGGUUGGGGUUUUUUGGUUGGUUGGUUUUUUGGUGGUUGUUUUUGGGGGGGUGUGGGCUUUUGGUGGGAGGAUUGUGGGGGGUUUUGUCUUCUGUUUGGGUUUUUUGUUUGUUUUUUAGUGGCCUGCAAAGGAGGCCAGUUUGUUUUCACUGGAAUUUACCUCUGUGCUGGUUGCUACCACGAGUGUGCAUCUUUUCAGUUCUUAAAGCUUCUCCGGCUACAAGUUUUUAACUGGUGCGUAAGCUGUAAGCUCUGGCUGUUGGCUUUGGCAUGUUUUGCUCAGUGGUAAAAAUUUUAGAAAAAUAACUUCUUUAAAAAACGCUGAUGUUUUUAAUUUUAAAAAUUGGACUUUUUUAUUUCUUUGAGCCGGUAGCCUCAUUUAAAAAAAAAAAAAAAAAAGCCCUUAAAAUACCUGUCCUUCUAGUCUGCUAUAGCAUGAACUACGGUUUCACGGACUGGCUGACAGUUUGUUGGUUGUGUUAUUUUGUAUUUAGCAAGCUUACAUGUUUUCAAGAGUAAUUUUUUUUCAAAGUGUUUUGAUGUUUGAAUAGUAGCACUUUAUCUCAUGCUUACUACUGACUGAACUAUUGGAGAAAAUAAAUUGGGUUUGGAGAGAGA